AUGAACUGUGGACAAGAGCUACUUAAACUAAACAAAUGCUUCCUGUGUGUGAAGCCAGAACGAGGAAGGGGAGAUCAGAAGGGGAGCGGAGUGUGGACAGCGGGGGAGCAGAGUGUGAACGGCGGGGGAGCGGAUGAGGACGGCGGGGGAGCGGAGUAUGAACGGCAGGGGAGCGGAGUGAGGACGGCGGGGGAGCGGAGUGUGAAAGGCUGGGGAGCGGAGCAGAGUGCGAACAGCGGGGAGCGGAGCAGAGUGCGAACAGCGGGGGAGCGGAGCAGAGUGCGAACAGCGGGGGAGUGGGGCAGAUUGCGAACAGCGGGGGAGCGGGGCAGAUUGCGAACAGCGGGGGAGCGGGGCAGAGUGCGAACAGCGGGGGAGCGGGGCAGAGUGCGAACAGCGGGGGAGCGGGCAGAGUGCGAACAGCGGGGCAGAGUGCGAACAGCGGGGGAGCGGGCAGAGUGCGAACUGCGGGGGAGCGUGGCAGAGUGCGAACUGCGGGGGAGCGGGGCAGAGUGCGAACUGCGGGGGAGCGGGGCAGAGUGCGAACAGCGGGGGAGCGGGGCAGAGUGCGAACAGCGGGGGAGCGGGGCAGAGUGUGAACAGCGGGGCAGAGUGCGAACAGCGGGGGAGCGGGGCAGAGUGCGAACAGCGGGGCAGAGUGCGAACAGCGGGGGAGUGGGGCAGAGUGCGAACUGCGGGGGAGCGUGGCAGAGUGCGAACAGCGGGGGAGCGUGGCAGAGUGCGAACAGCGGGGGAGCGGGCAGAGUGCGAACAGCGGGGGAGCGGGGCAGAGUGCGAACAGCGGGGGAGCGGGGCAGAGUGCGAAAAUCGGGGGAGCGGGGCAGAGUGCGAACAGCGGGGGAGCGGGGCAGAGUGCGAACAGCGGGGGAGCGGGGCAGAGUGCGAACAGCGGGGGAGCAGGGCAGAGUGCGAAAAUCGGGGGGAGCGGGGGCAGAGUGUGAACAGCGGGCAGAGGGGCAGAGUGCGAACAGCGGGGGAGCGGAGCAGAGUGCGAACAGCGGGGGAGCGGAGCAGAGUGCGAACAGCGGGGGAGCGGGGCAGAGUGCGAACAGCAGGGGGAGCGGGGCAGAGUGCGAAAAUCGGGGGAGCGGGGCAGAGUGUGAACAGCGGGGGAGCGGGGCAGAGGGGCAGAGUGCGAACAGCGGGGGAGCGGAGCAGAGUGCGAAAAGCGGGGGAGCGGAGCAGAGUGCGAACAGCGGGGGAGCGGAGCAGAGUGCGAACAGCGGGGGAGCGGAGCAGAGUGCGAAAAGCGGGGGAGCGGAGCAGAGUGGCGAACAGCGGGGGAGCGAAGCAGAGUGCGAACAGCGGGGGAGCGGAGCAGAGUGCGAACAGCGGAGGAGCGGAGCAGAGUGCGAACAGCUGGGAGCGGAGCAGAGUGCGAACAGCUGGGAGCGGAGCAGAGUGCGAACAGCGGGGGAGCAGGGCAGAGUGCGAACAGCGGGGGAGCGGGGCAGAGUGCGAACAGCGGGGGAGCGUGGCAGAGUGCGAACUGCGGGGGAGCGUGGCAGAGUGCGAACAGCGGGGGAGCGGAGCAGAGUGCGAACAGCGGGGGAGCGGGGCAGAGUGCGAACAGCAGGGGGAGUGGGGCAGAGUGCGAAAAUCGGGGGAGCGGGGCAGAGUCUGAACAGCGGGGGAGCGGGGCAGAGGGGCAGAGUGCGAACAGCGGGGGAGCGGAGCAGAGUGCGAACAGCGGGGGAGCGGAGCAGAGUGCGAACAGCGGGGGAGCGGAGCAGAGUGCGAACAGCGGGGGAGCGGAGCAGAGUGCGAACAGCGGGGGAGCGGAGCAGAGUGCGAACAGCGGGGGAGCGGAGCAGAGUGCGAACAGCGGGGGAGCGGCGCAGAGUGCGAACAGCGGGGGAGCGGAGCAGAGUGCGAACAGCGGAGGAGCGGAGCAGAGUGCGAACAGCGGGGAGCGGAGCAGAGUGCGAACAGCGGGGGAGCGGGGCAGAGUGCGAACUGCGGGGGAGCGGGGCAGAGUGCGAACAGCGGGGGAGCGGGGCAGAGUGCGAACAGCGGGGGAGCGGGGCAGAGUGCGAACAGCGGGGGAGCGGGGCAGAGUGCGAACAGCGGGGGAGCGGGGCAGAGUGCGAACAGCGGGGGAGCGGGGCAGAGUGCGAACAGCGGGGGAGCGGGGCAGAGUGCGAACUGCGGGGGAGCGGGGCAGAGUGCGAACUGCGGGGGAGCGGGGCAGAGUGCGAACUGCGGGGGAGCGGGGCAGAGUGCGAACUGCGGGGGAGCGGGGCAGAGUGCGAACAGCGGGGGAGCGGGGCAGAGUGCGAACUGCGGGGGAGCGUGGCAGAGUGCGAACAGCGGGGGAGCGUGGCAGAGUGCGAACAGCGGGGGAGCGGGGCAGAGUGCAAACAGCGGGGGAGCGGGGCAGAGUGCAAACAGCGGGGGAGCGGGGCAGAGUGCAAACAGCGGGGGAGCGGGGCAGAGUGCAAACAGCGGGGGAGCGGGGCAGAGUGUGAACAGGGAAGUCCAGAAGGUGAGCAGUGA